AUGCCCUUAAAACAAUGGAGAUUGUCUCUGAAGUUUAUGAAAUGCUAUCAACAUUUAAAUAAAGAAUGUGAAUUAUAUUGUGAAAAAUGUGCUCAAGCCAUUUGUGUGCAAUGUGUUGUUAAACAUCAAGGGCAUAAAUUAUCAAAAAUCGAAAAAGUUUUUGUGAGCCGUAAAGAGGUUUUCAAAAAGGAAUUAGACGAACUACAGAAUAAAAUUUAUCCCAAAUAUAAGGAAACGUUGUGUACUUUUGAAGAUGAAAUUUCUAAGCUUAAUGAAGACUAUGUGAUACUUCAUAACUCUGUUGAAAAGCAAGGUGAAGAAUGGCAUAAGGAAAUCAAGAAAAUUGUCGAAAAACAAAAGUCUGAAAUUGAAAAGCUAAAACAAAAGCACCACGUUGCCAUAAAAAAUCAUGAAGACAAAUUCAAACAGGUCAUGUCUCAGUUGUAUAACUGCAUUCAACAUUUGAAAAAUGUUGUAGAAUCAAAUGAUAUGACCGAAAUUUUCACAAACAGAUUACGCUAUGCUGAAUUCAGAAUAUUACCCCCUAAACAAAAAAUUGUUUCACCAAUUUUCUAUCCACGAGAAAUAGAUGCACAAAAUCUAUGUGAUCAAUUUGGAUACCUUUCGCCAUUAUAUGCAACCAUUGAAAAUUCGAAAGAUGAAGCAACCGAAAAUGGAUCCUCUCAAGCAACUCAUUCUGUGUGUAAUGAACCAGAACUGAUAACCACAUUGCACACUAAAUACGUUUGCCAUACACUUGCCUGUUUGAAUGAUGAUAAAAUCUGGACAUGUUCAAAAUAUCAAAACACUAUGAAACUUAUCACUGUACAGGGUACACUACUUAAGCUACUGAAAACCAAAUCAGGCAAAUGUUCUGAAGACAUAGCGGUAACAAAUAGUGGGGAUUUAUUUUACACGGAUUCUUUUACUAAAACUGUAAACCUGGUGAAAGAUAACAUAGUUCAGGAAGUGGUCACACUAGCAGAUUGGAGGCCUUAUAAUAUUUAUUGCAAGACACUUGAAGAAUUUCUUGUUUUUGUGUAUAGUGAUGACUUUCAACACUCAAAAGUCGUCCGUUACUUUUACUCAAAAAAGACCAAAACGUUCAAUGAGAAACUAACCAUCCAGUUCGAUGAUAAAGGCAAUUCGUUGUUCUCUAUGCAUGAUACCAAAUACCUCUGUGAGAACGGAAAUCUGGAUCUAUGUGUGGCUGACCAUGCCGCUGGAGCAAUAAUAGUGGUGGAUCAAUUUGGAAACCUGCGUUUUAGAUAUACAGGUCCUUACUUUACCAUAAAACAAAAACCCUUUCAACCUCGUGGCAUUUCUACAGAUAGCAAGAGACGUAUCUUAACAGCCGAUCAUAGUAAUGAAUGCAUUCACGUCCUUGAUCAGAAUGGACAUUUCUUGUGCUACAUAGAUUGUGGUCUUCGUACUCCUUGGGGCUUAUGUGUCGACUCGACCGACCAUCUAAUUGUCUCUGAGUACUCUAAUCGCACAGUAAAGAAGAUAAGAUAUGAUAAAACACUAAAGUAG